AUGGUUAUAUAUAAAGGAAAGAGAGUGAACCCAGCACUGGAUCGUGGCUUACCUGCUGGUUCAAUAGUGAAGUACAGUGAAUCCGGAUACAUAAAUAAAGAUUUAUUCCUUGCGUGGAUGGAACAUUUUUGCACAAGCAAGAGAAGUGACUGCGGUAAAACACUUCUUGUAGUGGAUGGGCAUCACUCCCACACUCACAGCCUUGAAGUCUUGGAAUAUGCUAGAAGCCACAAUGUUGAGAUAGUCAGUAUGCCGCCUCAUACGAGUCACUAUUUACAACCUCUGGACAAAGUACAUUUUAAACCACUAAAGGAUCAUUUCAAAGAAGCAGUUCGAGUUCAUCACCGAAACAACCCCGGAGCAGGGAUAUCCAGAAUUGAUUUCCCUGCACUCUUCAGCAAGGCUUAUUACAAAAUUGCCACAGUCGGCAACGCAGUAACAUCUUUCCGUGCUACCGGCCUGUAUCCACUUGAUAUUGAGCAGAUUCCAGAGCAUGCUUCUCAGACAACAGCAAUAGUGAGAUCUGGUGAGUCAGAUAAUAUAACGAAUAGAGACUACGACGUACCAUCUCAUGAGGUUAACACCACGACAGAGGUAGAAAGUGUCACAGGUGAACCAUGCUGCUCUACCAAAUUUAAGUAG